AUGCCGUCGGACCUUCAUACUGGGCACUUCUAUGGCUCACCUUCGCGAUAUUGGCUGGUCAAGAACCUUUAUAGACAACUUACGUCAGGAGUACGACGUGUCGAGUUCCAAGACUUCUGGAUGGGCGACCAAUUCUGUAGCCUAGUGUUCACGCUUGCCGACUUGUGGUUCGCGGGAUGCGCGUACAGCCACGAACUGAAGAACUGGCGUGUCUGCACGGCGGGGAGCAAUUGGGGCCCGAUGUUUGCCCUCGGCGCUCUACCCCUCUUCAUUCGAUUCGUUCAGAGCAUCCGACGGUGGGUCGAUUCGCGGCAGUGGACGCAUCUAGUCAAUGCUGGAAAGUACGCAACGGGCGUUAUAUACUACAUGACAUACUACUUAUGGAGAGCCGAAGGCGGUUCAUAUGGCCCGAGGUUUGUUCCUUGGUGUAUCAUGGGCAUACUCUAUGCCACAUACGCCACCGCAUGGGACUUCCUCAUGGAUUGGUCAUUCUUUCAACCUCACGCGAAAUACCCUCUAUUGCGAUCAGAGAUCUUAUAUACCUCCUGGCUACCCGUUUACUACAUAGCCAUGAUCACCAACAUAAUCAUUCGAUUCGAAUUCGUCAUGUACAUCCCGCGGAGCGGCAUUAAUUACACAAUACGCACGUUCAUCGCAGCUAUGUUAGAGAUGCUCAGGAGAUGGCAGUGGAACUUCUUCCGGCUGGAGAACGAACACCUGGGUAAUAUGGAUCAAUACCGCGUGACGCGCGAGGUCCCGCUGCCAUAUUCGUUCGACGACGCUGGUCAGGAGUCGGAUGGUGGCGAUGAAGACGAGGAUGCGGAUAGACGUAGUCAGUCAAGCUCCUGGCGGCGCCGUAGGUAG